AUGGGUCAGGAAACAAACAUAAGAUCUACUAGAGGACUGAGAAGGCACACAAGAAGUAAAACCCAGGUUAUUUUCUUUGAUAGUGCCCAGAUAAUAAAAGCAGACAGAGAGGCACAAUCACACCGGCAUGAAUGCAAAAUAGAGGCUGAUAAAGAGGUAUCAUUCUCCAAAAAUGAUACAAAGGCAUUCAGUGUCUCAAGCAGCGAAAGGAUGUUUUCUUUCAAAGAUCUUCUAAAGACUUUCAACAGUUUAGAAGGAAAAGCAUCGCAAAAGACAUCGGGGUCUAGAUCCAGUAUAAGCUCCAUCGAAUCCUUGAGCCGGGACACUAUGAUGAAGAGGAGAGAAAUGUUUGAUCGGGCCUUUAAUGAUGUUUCUGAGCAAAAAAGACAUGUAUACUCGUUUUCUAGAGGAUGUGCAAGAGAUUAA